GCGUUUACCUGGAGGCAGCGGCCGGGGCGCGCCGAGCGGCCGCGGCUCCCCCGCACCUGCGGCCAUGGACGAGGAGCGCGCCCUCUACAUCGUCCGGGCCGGCGAGGCGGGGGCUAUCGAGCGGGUCCUGCGGGACUACAGCGAGAAGCAUAGGGCUACUUUCAAAUUUGAAUCAACAGAUGAAGAUAAAAGAAAGAAACUCUGUGAAGGCAUAUUUAAAGUCCUUGUAAAAGACAUCCCAACAACAUGUCAAGUGUCCUGCCUGGAAGUUCUCCGAAUUCUUUCCAGAGACAAAAAGGUUUUAGUUCCUGUAACAACCAAGGAAAAUAUGCAGAUAUUGCUACGACUAGCCAAGCUAAAUGAAUCAGAUGAUUCUUUGGAGAAGGUGUCAGAGUUCCCAGUUAUUGUGGAGUCGUUAAAAUGUCUGUGUAACAUAGUGUUCAACAGUCAGAUGGCACAGCAGCUCAGUCUGGAACUUAACCUUGCUGCAAAGCUCUGUAACCUCCUGAGAAAGUGCAAGGACCGAAAGUUUAUCAGUGACAUUAAGUGCUUUGACUUGCGCUUGCUCUUCCUCCUGUCACUUUUGCACACCGACAUCAGGUCACAAUUGCGCUAUGAGCUCCAGGGACUACCGCUGCUAACCCAGAUCUUGGAAAGUGCCUUUAGCAUCAAGUGGACCGAUGAGUAUGAAUCGGCCAUAGACCAUAAUGGACCUCCUCUCUCACCUCAGGAGACAGACUGUGCCAUUGAGGCCCUCAAAGCUCUCUUCAAUGUGACGGUAGACAGUUGGAAGGUGCAUAAAGAGAGUGAUUCUCAUCAGUUCCGUGUCAUGGCAGCUGUUCUUCGCCAUUGUUUACUAAUUGUAGGUCCAACUGAAGACAAAACAGAAGAGCUGCACAGCAAUGCAGUCAACCUUUUAAGCAAUGUUCCGGUCUCUUGUUUGGAUGUUCUCAUUUGUCCAUUAACCCAUGAAGAAACAGCACAAGAGGCAACCACUCUAGAUGAACUGCCCAGUGACAAUACAGAUGAAAAAGGAACAGUUUUGAAAAACAAUACCAUGGUAUACAAUGGUAUGAAUAUGGAAGCUAUUCAUGUUUUACUCAAUUUUAUGGAGAAGAGAAUAGACAAGGGAAGCAGCUAUAGAGAAGGUCUAACUCCAGUUCUCAGCUUAUUAACAGAAUGUUCCCGAGCCCAUCGAAACAUCAGAAAAUAUCUCAAAGAUCAGGUUUUACCACCAUUGAGGGAUGUGACAAAUCGGCCUGAAGUUGGCUCAACUGUGAGAAAUAAGCUGGUCCGCCUCAUGACACAUGUUGACCUUGGAGUCAAGCAAAUUGCUGCUGAAUUCCUUUUUGUCCUUUGCAAAGAGAGAGUGGAUAGCCUGCUGAAAUACACUGGCUAUGGAAAUGCUGCAGGACUCUUGGCGGCCAGGGGCCUCUUGGCUGGAGGAAGAGGAGAUAAUUGGUACUCAGAGGACGAGGACACAGACACUGAAGAAUACAAAAAUGCAAAACCAAACAUUAAUCUUAUCACUGGUCAUUUAGAGGAACCAAUGCCAAACCCCAUAGAUGAAAUGACAGAAGAACAAAAAGAAUAUGAAGCCAUGAAACUUGUCAACAUGCUUGAUAAACUUUCCAGAGAGGAGUUGCUUAAACCAAUGGGACUAAAACCUGAUGGGACAAUAACGCCUUUGGAGGAAGCACUCAGUCAGUACUCUGUCAUCGAAGAGACCAGCUCCGACACGGACUGAAAGCAUCACCUGCUCAACUCUCAAUAUUGCUUUUAUCAGCAUCUUUUCUCUGUAGCUCCAGGGGAAUCUUUUUCUCUAAAACAUUUAUGCCCUUGCUUUGGCUAGAAACACAUUAACUGGUUUACUCAUUGAGAAUCCAGCAUAUUUAAGAGGUGAUCCUGUGUUUUUGCGAUAUCGAGGCAUUCAUUCAGAGCUGCAGUUAGACAGAGCCGCGGGGGCUAGACGCAGAAAAGAAUAAUUCCAUUUCGUCGGGGUGGAACUGAAGGACCUCAUUCUGUAAAGCAGCCCUGGUUGAAUCUGGCAGUUCUGUUUGCCAAGAUUCUUAGCAGAAGAUUUAGCGGUGUCCUUCCUCUCACUUUUGUGAGCUGCCCUUUCUGAAUCUCUUCAGCAGACAGGGAGGCACAGGAGAAGCAACAUGAAUUGUUAAGCAAGGGCCGAGGCAAGUUCGAUCAGCAUUUUUAAAUCAGGACUGACUAAAUGGAAGCCAAGCAGCUGCUCCAUAAACCUAGUCCCGUUCUUCAAUUUUGUAAAAGUACACGGGAAUGCACACACAAACACACACAGCCCCAGACCUGCAGACUCAUGACGCUCUGAGAGUUUGUAUGUCGCUUAUCUAGAACUUCAGAAUACAUUUCUCCCUAAAGAGUUAUACAUGAAGGUUUAGUUCUGAGGCAGCUAUAAAUGCCUAUUUAUUCCCUGAAUACCUGAACACUAGUACCAUAGAACUGAACCCCCUCUGUAUCGUUGCCCAGGGAGCAUGCAUUCUGAGGUCUGGCUCGGGUGCCAGGGAGCACAGGGUCCUCCAACACAGCAGAGAGAGCAGGGGGCUCCCUGAGUAUUGGGAGCUCUUCUGUGGUCUCUGCUAAGGUGGGGGAGUCAGCAGCACCCAUUUGUACAUAUAGGUCAUUCCUGCAUCAUCAAUUGGGGAUGGUGUGUGUGCUUGUAUGUGUGUUCUACCUUUCUACCACAUGUGAUCAGUUUAAUGGUAACUUUAUUUAUUAAAAAAAAGAAACACAAAUAGUUACUAUUAAACUGAUUAAGGUUGUUUUUUAUUUUUAGAAUUGGACAUCCCAAGUAGAAAAUGAACCAUACACUAGACAGUGGGCCUAGUUAAUCAGUGGCUAAAGUUGAAAAGGGGUUGGUUUCCUUUUAUGUGUGUGUAUGUGUGUGUAUAUACACAUGUAAGUGUGUACAGUUACACGCACAUAUACACACAUAAGACAAUGUGCUUAACCACUGCCUUUUAAAACUUUAAAUUAAAUAAAACAUUGGGGUUGAUUCAAUUUAGCCAUUUGUGUGUGUUUCUUUAUAGAUACAUGGGUUAAACCAAACUCUCUCAGUGUAUGCUGUUUUACAGUGCUUUUCCCUCCAUUCUCUCUUCUUACAAUAGCCUUUUUGGGGAGAGGGAAGGUACACGGGGUAUUAGUGAGAAGAUCAUAUACCCAGAAGCCGCGCCUCUGGCAAAACAACAAAACAGGAAUUGAGCUUUCAAAGGCCUUUAGCUGCCAAAAGAGAGGCCACACAAUUUUUGUAACCUACUUGCAGGAGAGCUCCUCAAGAAUAUCACUUUUGCCUUUUUACUAAAAUUUGCAUACAUUUCUAACAUACUUAGAUACCUAGUUUCAAGCCCACAACAGGAAAAAACGAACGACAAAGGAGGAGGAUUAGGAGGUAGAAGCAAAGCAGCAAAAAGCUAACUGAAAACUGAACAGGAAGAGGGGGAAAUAAAGGCAACCUGAGGCACAUCUGGGACCCUCUGUUUCCAAAAAGAUACUGACCCUGAAAGCUGUACAGAGAAAUGGCCCGUAGACUGACUUCUCAGAGUGAUGUUCCUGCGUUUCUUUUUAAAAAGAAAUUAAAUCCAGAGUCUAUGAACAGAAAGCUAACGCUUUUUAGGAGUUUCACUCAAAAUACCUGGAGACGUUUUGGGUGACCCAUGUUUUAACAACAGUACAUAGAAUGAAAUUUUGGCAAUUCAUAAUUUUAGAUUAAGUGAAAAAAGUUUAGAAAAGUAUUUUUGUUACUUCAUUCUACAAAUGCAUUUUUAAAGUAUUUUUAUAAUUUCUACAGUCGAGUAGCUUUGGCAUGACUGUCUGCUUCCCUCCCUGGAGACAAGUCUACGGCCACACCAUCUUGCCCGCUUGCUGCCCAGUGAGCGUUUGAACCGUCCUAGCGAACUAGCUGUGCUCUUCCAUUUUCAGCGAGUUCCGUCUCAUCCUGCGUUUCCCUGCACUGCACGUGAAGUUCUGCUCUUGAAGGGAUACUUGGCAGAGCAGAAGAGGAGCGCGACCUCGUCCUGCACGCGGGAAGAGAACGGACAUCUGUUGAGUGCGAGCUACAGGCUAGGCUUUGUGUGUGUUCUCUCAGCCCCAUCCCAUCUCAUGUGAGAUCAUCUCUGGAAAGCGCGCGGGGCCUGACAGGACGCGUCAGAGUGGGACUCGAGUGGACCUGCCUCCCAGCUCCCCUGCCCCCUCACUACAUGGCCCACCUAGGCCCCCGGUCUGCCUCAGUGGACUCUGGAAGGCUGGGAGAAUUGUAGUUCUCAGGCCAUUUUAAGCAAUAAUUACUUCACCAGAACAGGUUUAAAGAGCUCCUCGGGCAGGGGGGAACCUGGAGUUGACUGUGAAUGGGAGACUUGCUCAGUUAGGACUAGAUUGCAGGCAGGGCCCGGGGCUCCUCAGGUCGGAAGCCGGGGCGGCGGGCUUCCCCCAGACCUGGGCCUGGCGCUGGCGGCCGGCGGCGGGGAGGGGAAGAGCACCGGCCGCGCAGAGGCCCUGGUGUCCGCGUCCUUCUGACCUUUGAAACAGGAUCUGAGGCGUGUGUCCUAAAGUAAGCCACUUGAGCUGCUGCUUUUACAGGAACAAUCAACAGGCCUUGGGGCCCUUUCGCACACCCAGUGCUCCCGGGAGGUGGGCGGGAGGGGAGGUUGUCCCUCCUCCAGCGGGCGCCGCGGGCCGAGGUUCGAAUCCCAGCUCUCCCGGUACUUCCCGUCAGUCUUGCGGCCGCCCAUCCCGACGUCACCUGUGUCCCCUCUCCCCUCCCCCGCAGUAUAAAAAUAAUACUUGUCGUGGAAAGUUCGGAAAAAUGCAGAAAAUAAUAAAGUUAAUAACGUGCCCCAAGCCCCACCUCCCUAAGAUACUCACUGUAACGUUUUCGUGUAUUUCCGUCUUGUGUUUUUCUAUGCAUAUAUAAUUUAUUUUGCUACAAGGUUGGGAUCAUGCUGUGUUACAGAGUUGUAUCCUGCUUUCUUUACCAUGUUGUGAGCAUCUUCCCAUGCCAAUAAAUAUUCUUCAAAAAUGAGCGGCUCGAG